AUGCUACACUCUGAAGAAAAUCGCCUCGUCUUCACUUACGAUGGUGAAACGCUAUGGAUCGAGCCAUGGGGCGCAAAUGCUCUGAGAAUUCGCGCAACCAAGCUGCCAUCGAUACCGCAGCAAGAUUGGGCGCUCCAGCCGCCUUCUUCAUCAAAACCCAGCAUUAAAAUCACCCAAAAUAGCGGCAUCAUUAUCAAUGGCAAGAUCAAAGCCGAUGUCAGCAAGUCGGGCAAGAUUAGAGUCUGGAAUUCCAAAGGAGAGCUGCUUCUCGAGGAGUAUACACGGAACCGCAGAGACGUGCUCGACCCAAAAUGCAGCGCCAUCGAGGUCUCGGCUCGUGAAUUCAAAGGCAUUCUCGGCACAGACAACUACCACCUCACAAUGCGCUUUGAGAGUGUCGAUCCGAAUGAGAAGAUUUAUGGCAUGGGACAGUACCAACAACCAUUUUUUGACUUGAAGGGCACCGACCUUGAACUGGCUCACCGCAAUUCCCAAGCAAGCGUGCCAUUUGCGCUCUCAUCGCUUGGUUACGGCUUUCUGUGGAACAAUCCAGGUGUUGGGCGCGCUGUUCUAGGUCGCAAUAUCAUGAGCUUCGAGGCAUAUUCCACCACAACUCUGGACUACUGGGUGGUGGCAGGCGACAGCCCAGCAGAAAUUGAGGAAGCCUACGCGAAUGUGACUGGCAAGGUCCCCAUGAUGCCGGAGUACGGCCUCGGCUUCUGGCAAUGCAAGCUGCGUUAUCAGACUCAAGAAGAGCUGCUCAAUGUUGCCCGAGAGUACAAGAAAAGAGACUUGCCUCUGGAUCUUAUUGUCAUUGACUUCUUUCAUUGGCCGACGCAGGGCGAAUGGAAGUUUGAUCCCACAUACUGGCCGGAUCCAGAUGCAAUGGUUAAAGAGCUUCAGGAAAUGAAGGUUGAGUUGAUGGUUUCAAUUUGGCCCACGGUCGACAGGCGUUCUGAGAAUUACGAGGAAAUGGUCGAGCGCGGCUAUCUUAUCCGCGUCGAUCGUGGGAUACGCACCGCCAUGGAGUUUCAGGGCAACACGGUUCACUUUGAUGCUACCAAUCCGAAAGCAAGAGAAUAUGUUUGGCAGAAAGCGAAAAAGAACUAUUACGACAAAGGAAUCAAGGUGUUCUGGCUGGAUGAAGCCGAGCCCGAGUAUACCGCUUACGACUUUGAAAACUUCAGAUAUCACCUCGGCUCCAACCUCAGCAUUGGUAACCUCUAUCCUGUUUCGUACUCAAAAGGCUUUUAUGACGGUCUGAAGAAAGAAGGGCAUGAACAGAUUGUAAACUUGGUUCGCUGCGCGUGGGCCGGCAGCCAGAAAUACGGCGCCCUCGUCUGGAGCGGCGAUAUCGCCUCAUCAUGGUCCAGCUUCAACAAUCAACUCGCAGCAGGACUCCACAUGGGCAUCGCAGGAAUUCCUUGGUGGACUACCGAUAUCGGCGGAUUUCACGGAGGUGACCCCAAUGAUCCAGCCUUUCGCGAGCUGUUUGCUCGCUGGUUCCAGUGGGGUGCUUUCUGCCCUGUCUUCCGACUCCAUGGCGAUCGAGAACCACACAAGCCUCAACAGGGCACCACUGGCGGCGCAACGUGUGUAAGCGGCGCGGAUAAUGAAGUGUGGUCGUAUGGCCCAGAGAUAUACAGCAUCUGUAAGAAAUACAUGGCUCUCCGUGAAAGCAUGAGGCCAUACACCAGGAAACUUAUGGAGGCUGCGCACGAGAAAGGAACUCCUGUUAUGAGAACGCUAUUUUACGAGUUCCCUGAGGACGAAAAGUGCUGGGAAAUCGGCAAGCAGUACAUGUUUGGUGAGAAAUACUUAUGCUGCCCAGUUCUGAAGCCUGGCGUUACUGAAAUAGAGGUAUAUCUGCCAAAGGGGGCGAGCUGGAAGGGUGCUGAUGGCGAUAUCUUACCGGGAGGGCAGACAGUUCAAGUCAAAUGCCCGUUGGACUAUAUGCCUGUGUUUGAAAGAGUUUGA